AUGGUGUCCACAGAAGCGCCCCUCCCCUCCCCAACCAGAUCUAAGCCCCGGACCGCUGCGUCUCCAGCUGCGCCUAGUGGAACCGCCGAAUUCGAAUUCGCACUCGGCGGGCCGGCGAAGGUGUGCGCGCCCGCGGGAGCGCCGGGGCGAGCCCGAGGGACUGCAAGCCAGGAAAGGAGGCAGGGGGGGUGGGGGGCGCCGUCUGAUCCAGGUAGGAGCGGAGGCGCAGAUCACACACUCUUCGGACGCCCUGCCCGCGCCCGGCCAGCGCGCAGCCUGCAGGACGCGCGGAGCAGGAACUCGCCGGAGUUUGCCAAGCCCCAGACAGGGUCUCACUCUGUUGGCCAGGAUGGAGUGCAAUGGCAUGAUUACAUCUCACUGCAGCCUCGACCUCCCAGGCUCAAGCGGUCCUCCCACCUCAACUUCCUGAGUAGCUGGGACUACAGCUCAUCUUGGAAGCCCCCAGUGCUCCAUAUGCCUGUUUGCACAGGCUAUUCCUCAGCCAGGAGCACGUCCCCCACCUUCACAUCACAGCUGUGCACAUGCCCAUGCAGCCACCGAAUAAACUCACAUGAUUAUGAGGAACAGGAAAUCCCACAAUAUGCCAAUUGCAAGCUGGAGAACCAGGAAAGCCAGUGAUGUGAUUCAGACUGAGUCCGAAGGUCUGAGAACAAGAGAGGCUGCUGGUUUAAGUCCCAGAGUUUGAAGGCCCAAGAACCAGGCACUCUGAUGUCCAAGGGCAGAGAAGAGGGAUGUCCCAGAUCAACAAGAGAGAAAAAGAAUUCACCCUUUCUCUGCCUUUUCUGUUCAGGCCCUCAAAGGAUUGGAUGCUGCUCACGCACAUUGGUGAGGGUGAUCUUCUUUACUCAGUCCAUGGAUUCAGAUGUAAAUCUCUUCUGGAAACAGCCUCACAGACACACAGAAAUAAUGUUUUGCCAGCUAUCUGGUCACCCUUUAGUCCAGUGAAGUUGACACAUAAAAUGAACCAUCGCAGACCCCGAGUCCCUAAGUCCCAUCUUCCUGGACUUGGUGCCUUCAGUACUCCACAGGCAAGUCCUGCUGGUUCCUCUCCAGGCCUCGGCAAGUCCAUUCACACCCCACUCUAGUCCAUGUGACUCCUUAGCUAGGCCCGCAGUAUUUCCAAAGCUUCCCAACCUGGGUCCAAGCUUCCAAGUUUAUCAUGCUUCCAUCUGUCCUGCUGGUGGCUGCCAAAGGUCUCUUCCUAAAUGAUUCCUGCUCCGUCCUCAGCAAGGCUUUCCAGCCCCUCACUGCAAGGCACAGGGUCAGAGGCAGACUUUAGGCCUGGCAUUUAAAGCCUCAUAGACUGGCCCACGUUCCCUUCAGCCUGGUCUCCUCACAUUGCCCUUGACCCCUUCAGUCUGUCCAGGCGAGCCUCCUUCCUGUGCCUCAUAAUAUACCUAGUGAUUUCUCACUUCCAUUCACAUCAAUGCGUCAAUGUGGAAGUUGCUCAUUCAGACACUUGAAAAUAUGAAUUGAGCAGCUACACGUGCUAAGGGUCAAUUCAGGUACUACGAAAAUCAAAGAGCCCAGUGCCCAUCCUGUGGAGCUUGUAGAUGAGCUGAAGAAGCAGAGUUCGUUGUCUUUGAGGAACUAAAAGCCAGGGUCGUGGAGCGGGGUAAGCUAGAGGAGUGUCGCUUGAGAGGAAAGUUGAAGAAGUCAGCAGGGCUGGGUCAUGCAGGCACUUGUCAGCCACACAGAGGGCUCAGUGUGACUCUUGUUACAAAUGGAAACCACUAGUAGGCUUUAAGCAUAGGAGUGACAUAAUCUGAUUUCACAAAUACUGCUGUUAUUCUUGAACCAUUCCUGGGUUCCUGAUCUCUCCACUUCCACUAGACACAGAGCUCCUGUCUCGCUCCUCUCUGCGUCUGUAGAGGCUGCACCACAGGGAAGGGAGCAGGAUAGUUAGUGGGAUGCCACAGUGUUGACAACUGACACCCCACAGUGGCCCUUAUCAAGCUCCAGCCCCACUGGAGGAGCAGUGUGGGGGUGACACGUGGAAAAGAGUACAGGACAAACCUUGUGCGAGGACCAUCCCUCUGCAGGGUUAACAAGCCCCCUGCAAAGAAAAGGUGAUUGAAGAACACUGAGGAGGAGCUGGAAGUGUUGAGCAGGAGGUGGAUAGAAUCAAGGAGGUGGGACUGCACAGGGGGUGAUGGGGCCACCCAUAAGAAGCCAUUGGAGGUGUGUGUUGUGCAACAGUAGGAGAACGGAGGGCUGGUCUUAAGUGGGACACAUGAUGGUUUGCUUGACUUGGGAACUGGGGCCUGAAGCCCGGUGCAGUGGGGUGCUGUUAGAUGGCUGGGAAGUCCAUGGGUGCCCACCAGACCCACACCCUAUUCAGAGCAGCGCAGUCCCAGGCAGCUCCUUAUACCCCGUCCCAGGGUCAUGUGACCCUGCAAUUAUGGCUAUAAAUAACCACUUGAUCUGUGGCUCAGCACCUGACUCAAAGAGAGCCAUCUAUAGGCUCAUGAUGAUGAUGCCAGAGACCUGUGAGUGGUCUGACACAGAACUCAGAGCCAGAAAGAAAUGAUCGCCCCAGCUACGUGCUCUUGAGGAGUACCGCUGUGGGUUGAAUGGGGAGGACCAAGGCGGCCGAGGUGGCUAAGCUUUGCUCCUGCUCCCCACAUCCUGCUGACAGCCCCCAAAACUGCCUGAGUGCACCUCUGGUCCUUGCACCCUGAAAGCACCAAACACAACAGAGCACACACUGCCAUGAGCUGGGUGGGGGCCGGGUGCUGCUGGGCUGCACAGGCGGCUUCUCCAAGGCUUUCUGUGACAAUUGCCCAGAGCGACCACAUGGACCAAAAUUUGCCCAGAAGUUCUUCAGCGCAGUGAAAGCCUGCAAGCACUGGGUGGUAAAUGACAGGACUGGAGACCACAGAAAGCCACAGGAAAAUUCUUGUCAGGGCCAGCAGCAGACACGAGGAGUGAGAGGCUGUGAAUGGCUGCCUGGUUGGGAGGGAUGAGCAAAGCCACCAGAGCUCAGCGAGAUGGUAUGGAAAGCAAAUGGAGAAACGAUGGAACAAUGCCUGGAAUCCCCACGUGGUGGCUGGCAGGGAAAGGGGAACUGUGCAACCAGAUGUUUGCUUUGCCUCCUGGAUGGAAAGCACUCCACAUGGAAACUUUCCUGGCCCUGUGAGGUCAGAAUCCAUGAGCAGCCCCUCUUCCACAGAGCAAGACAGUGGGGUCCGCCAGCCAGACCCUCUGUGACCACUUGUGAGGACCACUGGCCAGAGGGCAGCACCACAGCACAGUCCUUGGCCUCUCCCUCUUGGGUUCCCACUUCUGGAUUGGGCAAAGUAGGACAACAAACCAUUUUCUCUCCAAGUUUACAGACCUGGCUCUAGAAAGAAGACCCACAGGAAGGGAGCCACGGCCAACCGGAGGCCGGGAAAUGUUUCCCUUGGUCUGCGGUGGGGGCUGAUGUUGGCGUGCUUCCUUCUUGUCCACAACAGGAUGGCACAAGUGAGAGCAAACAAAACAGAAGCCAAUGCAAAGGGCUUCUUGGCCUUCCUCAGUGAGAACAACCCAGGAAUCAAGGCCGGGAAUAAGAGAGGGCUCCUGGGUUUGAGGUGGGGACUGGGAGAUCUUAUGGGAAAGCUAGCCAGCUCCUGGGUCCUGCUAAGUCUGACAGUGACUUGUGUAAAUAAAGGGCAGACAGUGUUGAGGGCUUCUGUG